AUGGAGGAGCCCCGGAGGAGACCCGGAGGAGACCCGGAGGAGACCCGGAGGAGACCCGGAGGAGACCCGGAGGAGACCCGGAGGAGACCCGGAGGAGACCCGGAGGAGACCCGGAGGAGCCCCGGAGGAGCCCCGGAGGAGACCCGGAGGAGACCCGGAGGAGACCCGGAGGAGACCCGGAGGAGACCCGGAGGAGACAUAGAGGAGCCCCGGCGGAGACCCGUAGGAGACCCGGAGGACACCCGGAGGAGACAUAGAGGAGCCCCGGCGGAGACCCUAUACUACUCAUUAUUGCCCGAAGUGUCGCGCAACAACGGGGGUUUAAGCCGCAGAAGUCAGGCCCGUCUCUGCGGAGGUCAUUACUAUUGGGAUGAGCGCGCUAUACUGUCAGAAAAGAGCAGCAGCAGAAGUGGGUGCAGCGAGGAGAAGAAGAGACAGCUAUAA